UUCCAUCACUUCUUCCUUUCUGCACCUCCGCCGCUCUCCCUCUUUCUCUCUCUAAAAAUCUCUGCAAAUUCCUUCUUUUUUUCUUCAACCUCAUCAUCUUCUCAAUUCUCCAACAAAAUGGUUGAAUCAUCGUCAUCAGCAAACUUACCUAUGUGGCUGGAAACACUUUUGUCGGAGAAAUUCUACGACGCAUGCGAAACACAUCAUGAUGUGAGAAAGAACGAGAAAAACAUAUUUUGUCUUGAUUGUUGUGUGGGUAUUUGCCCUCAUUGUCUCACACCUCACGGCUCUCAUCGUCUCCUACAGAUAAGGAGGUAUGUGUACCAUGAUGUUAUUAGGGUUGGUGAUGCUGAGAAAUUGAUGGACUGUUCCUAUGUUCAAUCUUACACUACAAACAGUGCAAAAGUUGUGUUUUUGAAUCCAAGGCUUCAAACAAGAGCUUGUAGAAAUUCAAGCAAUAGCUGCAUCAGCUGCCAUAGAGCCCUUCAAGAUCCGUAUUUCUUCUGUUCCAUCUAUUGCAAGGUUAACCAUAUUUUAACAAGCGAGGGGAUGAUGUCCGAAUACUUGUACGACUGCGAGGUGCUCACUUUACCGGAAGCCGGUUUUGAUGACGGUUUAAUGACACCGGAUUCGGUUCUCGAACCGUUCAUUUCGCUGAGGACUUCUUCGGGUUCUAGCGCCAGCAACGGGGCUGCGGUAGGCGGUGUCGAUUGCCGUACAAUCAUUUCCACUGCCACUACCGAGAUCGUGAGGAAAAAAAGAAGCUCGAAAUCCGCUGGUCGUGCAACCGAGUGUCUCCCGGUUACAUCGAUGCAGUCGGAUUUCUCGGUGAACCGGAGGAAGGGUCUCCCCCGCCGGUCACCUUUUCAUUGAAGUGAAUGUGGUAGUAAAAUCUAAAAUGAGAUGAGGUGGUCAAAUGUUGGGUUGACUUUAAUCUAACGGUCAGUGUGAGUUCUUGGACGCCAAUUGGGUGAGUCAUAGGUAUUUUAAAAGGUUACUAUAAAAUGAUAGAACAUAUUUGUUAGUUACUACCUUCAUGUUUUGUAUAUUACACGAACACCCCUCGAUUUGUCUUUUUCUGUUAUUAAUGAUAUCGGUUAAGACUAACGUUUGGACUUUUA